AUGGCGGGCGGCGUCAAGAAACCCGUCAAUGUGUUCAAGUUACACAACUUAGACAUCCCCAAAGAAGUCUUCAACUGGAGACUAUGGUUCGCCGUGUUCUCCUUCUCGCUGCUGGGCGCGGCCCGUGGUGUCGACGAGGGUCUCAUUAGCGGGGCGUUCAACAGCAAGAACUUUCAGAAAAGCAUCGCCUACGACUCUUACAGCACCGUUGAUCAGGCGAACAUCAAGGCCAACGUCUCGGCGAUGGUUCAGAUCGGUUCAGUGGGGGGUGCACUUAUUGCCUUCUUGGUGUGUGAUAGGAUUGGACGAAUCUGGGCUACUAGGCAGCUAUGCGCACUUUGGAUCCUCGGUAUCGCCAUUUUCAUGGGCUCCAAGGGCAACCUCAGCGCCAUCUAUGCCGGCCGAUUCAUUGCCGGCCUCGGAGUCGGCCAGACCCCCGUUGUCGGCCCUGUUUACAUCGCCGAGAUCACGCCGGCUGCCAUCCGUGGUCUCUGCACUUGCCUAUUCACCGGCUUCGUCUACCUCGGCAUCGUGCUCGCCUACUUCACCAACUACGGCUGCCAGGUCAACCUGGGCGACACCAGCGCGAUUCGCUGGCUCGUACCUACCAGCCUGCACAUCAUCUUCUCUGGCCUGAUUCUCAUCCUGACACUUUUCCAAUCCGAAUCCCCGCGUUACCUCGUCAUGAAGGACCAACACGAAAAGGCGCUGAAGACCAUGGCUCGUUUGCGCCACCUCCCGGAGGACCACGAGUAUGUCGUGACGGAGAUCAGCGCUAUCACGGCCGCCCACCAGAGGGAGACUGAGGCUACGAAGGAUGCCGGGUGGUUGAGCACGCUGAAGGAGGCAUUUCUCAUUCCGAGCAAUCUGUACCGUGUUUCGCUGGCGAUUACCGCACAGAUCAUGUCGCAGUGGUCUGGGGCAGGGUCUAUCACUCUCUACGCGCCGGAUCUGUUCCACCUGCUAGGCAUCGCUGACACCAACACCAACUUGCUCGUGACGGCUGUUUUUGGCAUUAUCAAGCUGGUCGCGGCCGUGAUCUGCGCUCUGUUCUUGGUCGAUGUUAUUGGCCGUAAGCGCUCGCUGCUGCUGGGCAUCACAUUCCAGGCCAUCGCUAUGGUUUAUGUUGCUGGGUUUUUGACAGCCAACCCGCAGCUGAGCGCCCAUAAAGAAAAGAAUGUCGGGGCACUACCAGCCUCGCAGGUGGGUGCGUCGAAGGGUGCGAUCGCCAUGAUUUACAUCUCCGGGUUCGGUUGGGCUUUGGGAUGGAACAGCAUGCAAUACCUCAUGACCGCCGAACUCUUCCCCCUCCGUAUCCGUGCUUUCUGCACCUCGCUAGCCAUGACCUUCCACUUCGCCAACCAGUACGGCAACUCGCGUGCCGUGCCUAACAUGCUGCUGCCCACGUCCAGCGGCGGUAUCUCUCCCCAGGGCACCUUUUGGUUCUUCGCCGCCGUCACCUUGCUUGGUGGCGUGUGGGUGUGGUUUGCCAUGCCCGAGACCGCCGGUCGCAGCCUAGAGAGCAUGGAUCGUCUGUUCAGCCUGCCGUGGUACAAGAUUGGGCGGUAUGGCAACCGUGUGGCGGAGUUAGAGGACGCGCAGGUGGCGGCGAGUGGUGAAAAGAGUGCGGAACUGGCGCACGGUGAAGAGGUGGAGGUAGCUCGGGGAACUGGUGCUGGGAGCGAAAAGGUUUGA